CGCCCCUCAAUCUCCACGCAGACAAUCGGGCAAGCGAGCGCCUUGCGGCCAAAAGUCGGGGUUGGGGGGUGGCGUCCGAGGGGAUUCGAAACGCGUCCGACGGGAUCGCCCAGGGGCUGCGGAUCUCUUGUCUCGUGUCCUCGUGUGAUCGGCCUCUCCUCUCCUCAUCGCGCUUGACUUUGCUUUUGUCCUCCCCAAGCACGCCUUGCUCGCUCACCAUGACAGAGGUGGACCCCAUCCUCCCCCCGCCAUCGCCCACCCUCGGCGCCUCCCCGACAGGCGUGUACGAGCUCAUCCAUGCGCUGCACACCGAGAUCCUCGAGGCCAUCGACAGCGCCCUCGACUGGGAUGAGCUCAAGGCCCCCAGCGUCAACUACACCAUCGUCAGGCCCAUCAUUGAAAAGUUUGCGCCGACCGGGGACGACAGCCGCAGCGACGGCGGAGGCGGCGCUCGCGCAUCCCUCGGCGCUGUGCUGUAUGCGUGCAUGGCGAACCGCAUCCACUUCACCGAGCUCGCCGACAGCGACCUGAGCUACCAGCCACUGCAGGAGUCGCGUGCCGAGUUCUGCGAGCUGAUCGCAAUCAAGUUCCUGCGUACAUUCCCAAACCCGAACGACGAAGCCGAGCUCGCAUCGCAGCUCGUGCGGCAGUGGUGCGCGCUCGACGGUGCGCCGGAGGAUGUAUGGCGCCGCGUCGACGACCGCGAAGAGGCCGCGGCAUCCAAGAGCUCGGCGCUUGACAUUGCCAUCGUCGCGAGCGCCAAGCGCUUCGUCGCCCAGCCUGUCCUCCAGCACAUUUUGCAGGAGAUCGGCUGUGGCAACCUCACAUAUGCGCCGCAGCAGACCGUCGCGCUCAUCCGCGACACGUAUGUCGCGCCGCGGCACAACCACAACCCGCUCCCGGGCGCGGGCGCGGGUGACGGCGGCGACAGCAGCCUGAGCAUCGCCGAGGCGGAGGCGGAGGCCCGCGGACAGGACGUCGAGGUGUACGCUUACAACCCGUACCUCGCGGGCUGGCUGGACCCCGGCCGCCUGCGUGUCCCGCGCUGGCGGCACGCGAUCGAGUUCGCGACGUUCUUCACCCUCCUCGUCUUGUUCUGCAUCACGCUCACGAACCGCUCCCUCGGACACAUCACCAAGCUUGAGAUCUUCUACAUCUUCUUCACGUCUGGGUUCAUCCUCGACGAGCUGGCGUCCAUCGUGGGCAGCGGCCUGCUUGUGCACUUCACCAACGUAUGGAACGCCUUCGACCUCUCGUACAUCGCCAUCUUCCUCACCUACUUCUUCUUGCGCAUGCAUGCGCUCUACCACAACGACAAGGUACAGUCCGACCGUGCGUUCGACAUUCUCGCGUGCGGCGCCUGCUUCCUCUUCCCCCGCCUCAUCUUCUACUUCCUCAAGAACAAUGCCGUCAUCCUCUCGCUCCAGGGCAUGAUUGCUACCAUGGUCGGCUUCAUGUGCAUGAUCUCCAUCGCCUUCACCGGCAUCGGAUUCACGCUGUGGCGGCUCGGCACGCCGAUGUGGACGGUGGACCGCGUCGCGCGUCUCAUGUUCAAGAUUUGGUUCAGCAAGGGCUUCAACCACGAAGAUGCCGUGUCGAUCAGCCCGGAGCUCGGGCCGAUUGUGCUCACGAUGUUCGCGUUCCUGUGCAGCAACAUGUUGUUCUCUAUGAUGGUGUCGAUGAUGUCGAGCAAGUACGCCGCGGUGCAGAAGAACGCGCAGCAAGAAUACCUCUUCCAGCGCGCCGUAAGCACGCUGGAAGCGCUGCGCGCCGACUCGCUCUUCUCGUACAUCCCCCCCUUCAACCUGCCGGCAGCCCUCAUCCUCGCGCCGCUCAGCUACGUGCUGGAGCCCGCGACGAUGCACGCCGUCAACCUGUUCUGCAUCCGCCUCGCCAACUUCCCCGUGCUCCUCGCGAUCUCCGCGUUCGAGCGGCACCGCUACCGCUCGCUGCGCCGCGCAAUCCGCCUCUCCGAGCGCGGGCACCACAAGGUCGUCAAGACGUCGCUGUUCGGCACGAUCAUGGGCGGCGAAAGCACCGUCAUCCGCGCCGCGUUCGACCUCGCGCCCCCCGUGAAGAUCGGCCCGCCCGGCACGCCGACAAAGGACCUCGAGCGCGGGCCAGAGCUCAAGCCCCCCGCGCCGGAACGCCCCGCGGGCCGCACGAACGCGAACACCCUCGCCCGCUUGUUCAACAAGGCGCCGGCGCGCGCGCGCGGCGGCAGCGUGGGCGCGGCGCCACACCCGGACGCACACGACUGGGAGGAUAUGCGCGACGCGCAGACGCGUAUCGAGACCAUGUUGAGCACGUUCAUGGCGGCGUCCGGCAUCGAUCCCCCGACAAAGGGUGGCGCACCUAAGAGCCCGGAGAAAAAGCCGUCGACAGACGUCAAGAAGGAGGCCAAGUAGGCUCCAGCUCCUCUCGGCGUACACCAUGCCAUCUGAACAUUUUAACGAUACAUCACGUCUAAUCAAUGCGGAGGAGGAGGGUGUUCGUACAUCUUGGGAACACGGAGGGGAAGUGCUAUAUACAUACUUGGGGAGCGGAUGGAUGAUUGCUUGC